AUGGCGACGCAGACCGUUUUCAGACUCACUCAGCGUACAUCUCUUCAGGACCUCCAUGUCAGCGAGGAAGAGGUUCCAACCCCUUUACCCCAAGAGGUCCUCAUUCGAAUUCGCAGCGUGGCGCUCAACUAUCGCGAUUACGCAAUCGCUACGGGAAAAUAUCCUUUCCCAGUAAAAGACAAUGUCGUCCCUUGCUCUGACUUAUCAGGAGACGUGGAAACCGUCGGAAGUCAAGUAAAUGACCUCAAGCCUGGCGAUAAGGUGAUUGCUUCCUUCGAUCUUGUCACUCAGUACGGUCCGAUUCAAGGCUGGGAUCACGGCCUUGGCGGCCCGCGCGAUGGUGUUCUUCGGCAGUACAUCACCUUGCCUAGUAGUGCCAUUGUCAAGGUGCCUGCGGACACGACCUUGAAUUAUCCACAGCUCUCCGCGCUAGUUGUUACGGCCACAACCGCUUGGAACACACUUUAUGGGAAUGUCCCCAUCAAGCCCGGCCAAGUAGUUCUUUUCCUUGGAACUGGCGGUGUCUCAAUCACUGGCCUGAUUCUAGCCAAAGCUGCUGGCGCAAUUACCAUCGUCACAUCAUCAUCAGAUGAGAAACUGAAGCACGUCCAGCAGACUUAUGGCGUCGAUCAUACCAUCAACUAUAAGGCCAGUCCCGACUGGUCUAGUGAAGUGCUGAAGUUGACUGACGGUCACGGCGCGGACUACAUCAUUGAGAACGGCGGAGCCGGCACCAUUGCGCAAAGCUUGAACGCGGUCGCAUACGGAGGUUCGAUUGCUGUUGUUGGGUUUCUAGCGCCAUGCCCACAGGAUGAAAUGCCGGAUGUUGCGGCACUGGCACUUGGAAAGGGAGCUGUCGUUCGCGGUAUUAUGAUUGGUUCAAAGCAGCAUCUUGAAGACGCCACCCGUUUCUUUACGUCCAAGAAUCUGGUUGUUCCCGUUGAGAAGGAAUUCGGAUUCAGCAGAGAUGAAGUCAUUGCCGCUUUGGAAUAUCUCGCUAGUGGUCAGCACGUUGGCAAGAUCUGUAUCAAGGUUGAUUAA